AUGGCUAUGUGUAGGUCUAGCGCUAGAGACACUUCGCAAGUGGCUGAUCUUGUCUCAUACUAUGGCCGAGUUAUUGACAUUAUACUACUGGACUAUAAUGUUUUCUAUGUUCCUCUAUUCCGGUGUCAGUGGGCAGUAAGAGGUAAUGGGGUUAAGAUAGAAGACGGCUUCACACUUGUCAACCUGAAUCAGAGCCAAGUGACAUUCUUGAAUGAUCCUUACAUAUUAACUUCCCAAGCCAAGCAAGUUUUUUAUUCUAGAGAGGAUGAUUCUUCAAGUUGGUAUGUUGCUUUGAGAGGUCCUUCGAGAAGAUAUAGUGACAAGGAUGUUGAAGAAUCUAUGGCAGAUAUUGGGCCAUUGCCGUCCACUCUAGAUAUGGAUACUGACAUUGAUGAAUCUCCAAACGCCCGUGCGGAUUGUGAAGGCAUAUAUGUGUGA